GAUGGUGCUGAUUAACGGAGCAUGCGUAAACACAGCAGACCACUUUUUGGCACAUAAAAUGUGAAAAUAAGUAAAAUAUCUUGUGAAAAAUUAUGUCGUGACACGAAUAAUCGUUCUAGCCUUUCUUAGCUAGAUGCGAUUUCAUUGAGGUUAAACGGACACGCAUAGAUUACAUGUAAUGAAGUAUAUUUAGGCUAUGAAAAGGAAUAUUUUUCUUUAACACAUUGGAGCAAUAUGUCCGGCCUCCGGUUAGCGUCUUCGCCGAUCUUUUGUUUACGAGCUAUUCCUCUGAACGCGUAACUUUGGAUUAUCCGCGAUUUAGUAGUGCCCCGAGGAUGCUCAGUGUCCGAGUUUCAUUGUCGCCGGUUAGCCUUGGAAAAUAAUGUCCGAGCCGGAGCUGUGCCGGCUCUGCGCCGAGACCAAAGAGAACUUCAUUGGAAUCUAUGACGCCGAGGGCCAAAAGCUUGCGAUAGAGGCUAAGAUUGCCAAGUGCUUGCAGAUUCAGGUGGUAAUAACAGAUGGUCUUCCACUGUCAGUCUGCAUCGAUUGCUGUGUUCUUUUAAACCAGUGCAGCGAAUUCUUUGAAAAGACUAAUCAAGCUCAAACUUCCCUUCGACAGCUACUGAUAGAUCCAAAGUCUGAAUCUCCACCAUUAGAGCCAAAUGUAGAUUAUGUGGAGAAGGCAGUAGAAUUUCCAAAGGAGGAGGAAGUCACGGAAGGAAUUGUUGAGUGUCACUUGUCUGAUAAUUACAUUAACGAUUCUGUUAAUGAAAUCAAUGACAGUUAUUUCAAUGAUGAUAAUAAUGACAGUGACCCAUCUAAAUAUGAAGUUGAGGAAAUGCAAGAGUCUACAAAGCAAAGAAAGUGUAGAACGCCUGUGAAGAAGAAUUCUCCCAAGCAAACAAGAAAACGAUUAAAAAGGAGAUCUCAAGCACAAAAAAUGGAAGACUUAGAAUUAGGAAUAGCUUCAGACUUUGAAGAGGAGCAUAAUGACAUGAAUGCAAAAGUCUCUUUAAAACAUUAUCCUGAAAAUUAUAUGACAGGGACAGAGUCUGAUAUGGAAAUGAUUGAAGCUCGUGAAACUGAGCCUUCAAAACCAGGUCGUAAAAGAGGAGAAGGUUUAGAAAGAUAUCCUUGGCUUUGUACUGACUGCAAUGAAAAAUUACCAAGCCGAGAUACAUUACAAAAUCACCACGCAACUGUACACAAUCAAAAAGCAAAAUAUAUGUGCGUGCAAUGCUGUAAGGUCUACGACAAAUACUAUGGAUUCCUUACCCAUGUAAAGAGACAUAAAAACAAGUCAAAAUUUAACUGUGACGAUUGUGGAAAAUCCUUUGUUCACAAAAAAGUAUUGGAUUCUCACAAAGCAAUACACAGUGAAGAACGUCCUCAUGUUUGUCAAACGUGUGGAAAAGCGUUUAGGCAGCAGAGUGCUUUAUAUAUUCAUAGUCGAUGCCAUUUACCAGAUACUAUGAAAAAUCGGUUUCCAUGUGACCAAUGCGAUAAAAGAUUUUCCACAAAGCCAAAUCUGGUAACGCACAAGCGUAUUCAUUCUGGUGUAAGAAAUUUCACGUGUGAUCAAUGCGGUAAGAGUUUUAUACAAAAAGGAAACUUGGAGGCACAUUUCUUAACACAUUCUGCUGAUAAGCCAUACACCUGUUCUCAAUGUCCCAAAGCAUUUAAAACACCACUUCAAUUGAAGAAACAUGAAACAGUUCACACCGGUGCCAAACCUCAUCAGUGUGCUGUAUGUGGGAGAACAUUUAGGGAGAAAGGAACAUUACGUGAACACCAUAGGAUACAUACAGGUGCAAUGCCAUUCACAUGCGAAUUCUGUGGCAAAUGCUUUCGAUUCAAAGGAAUAUUGACUACUCACAGACGUCAACACACUGGCGAGAGGCCAUACAGCUGUUUAGAAUGUCAGCAUCACUUUACCAAUUGGCCAAAUUACAAUAAACAUAUGAAACGUAGGCAUGGAAUUAAUACGUCACAUACCAAACAUCUGCAACAACCACAGCCACAUAUACAACAUCAACAUCAGCACCAACAGCAGCCACCACAGUCUCAGCCACAACCUACCACACCGGAUGAUACACUUGCCAUGCCGCAACACAAUGAGCCUACAACAGUUCAAGUAAGUAAGACGAAGUUAUACAAGCAGUGCCUCAUACCUCAGUAUCUCAACCCAUCGUUGUUCAGGCAAUACCCACCACAGCCAUCCAAAGCUUUCAGGCUGAAGUUCCAGUCACUGUACAAGAGACGGUAUUUCGCGAAAGAAACACAACGUAUUUUAAUACAGUGCCGGCUGCGUUACAAAAUUUCUUACAACCGAAUCUACCGUACAAUUUUUAUAACAUUUCAAACGUGACGGAGAGCGAUCUCAUUCAGCAUAGAUAAAAUUACGUGCAUUCGUCGUUCGUAAUUCGUAAGAGAAUAAAAUUCAAUCAAAAGGAAGACUUCGUUGGUACAAAAUUCAUGGUAAAAUUGACCAUUGUGUGUCAUUUUAAUUUCUGGUAAAAGUCUAAAUAACAUCUGGUGUUAGGUAGGAGUCGAAAAAUUAAUAACGAACAAUGGAUGACUCGACUAUUCGAUUGAUAGAAAUCAAAUGCCUAAGAUGAAGAUGACUGUGUCGUCCUAGACGGUAUAUUCACUAAUUUAACCGUAAAUUUGGUCCAUUUGAAAAUUUUUAUUUUUAUAACGAAUUCAUAGGUUUCUUGGCGCUCUCUUCGAAGUGACGAGUAGCAGGUGUACAUGCAUACACUGCCUUUCAAACUGUCGUUUAAAAAAGAAAUAAAUAAUAUUAUUUGAUUAGAUAUUGAACGCUUAUUUACUGAUACACUUAGCAGUAUUUCUCUACUCAUUCAUUUUAUACCUAAAUAUUUCAAGUUUUUCAAAUACAUUCAGUGCUGCUUUAAAUAGGUCUCAAAAUGGACAUUACAUUACAAAAUGGACAGUAAUGGGAAUUAUUGUUUUCAUGAAAUUUCGGCAGUCAAUAGCUAGUGCUAUAUACAGUAAUGUUAUAUAAAUUAUUUAAAUGCGUUUUUCGUUUAGGAAGGCAACGAAGAUAAUCAAUGAAGCUACGGAGUUUUAAUCAGUUUUAGUAGUAUGGGAGGAACUGUAUAUGUAUAUAUAUUAUAUAUAUAUAUAUAUAUAUAUAUAUAUAUAUAUAUAUUAAAAAAUCGAUUUGAUUUUUGACCGAGACAUUUUUAUAAACAUUACGUUAAGCAUUUGAUAUUGUUAAAAGUUUAUUGGAAAGGAUUUUCAAGGUUUUGCAAAGAAUAUUCUUUAAGAGAAAAGGACAUUAGAAACUUUAACUAUGAACUGUACAACGAUUGACAAUAGAUAUUACAUCCUGCAUCGACGUUCCAACGUAAUUAUUUAAUUGACAUUGAUUUUCAUUUAUUAUCAUGAAUUAAUUCAACUAUACUACAUAUAUUAAUAUCUAUGCAUUAUAUCGAUUGAGACAUAAAUCAUAAUUAAAUAACAGUUAACAUUCGUUAACUCGGGAAUGGCCGCGCAGUUCUGUUCUCUACUUGAAGAGAAUUGAUUUUGGGUGUCUCAGACACCCCACGCGCUUAGUCCUGAGUUAAUGAAUCUUAUCCUCAUGAAUACUGUCAGCAACUGAAUAACCAGAAUGUAUUAGAAUAGAGAACCUUGUGUUUGUUACUGUGGACAGAUAACAUAGCCUAAUGAAGAAACCAGAAGAUUUGUUCUUUUUUCUUUCUAUUUCUGUUUUUAAUUAUCCACAAUACAUAUGUCACAUAUAGCUCUCAUAAUAAUUGUAUAUCGUAUUACCAGUGUUCCAUUAUUAAUUUUUUGACAGUCUUCAUUGACUGUGGCAGAUUAUAAUCAAACCAAAGAAGAUUAUUCGCAGUCUGUUAACAAAGUAGUAAAUAUUCUGUAAGAAUAUUUUUUUGUACCAGUGUCGUGUGUCAUACAAUUUUUCAUCAUUGUGAAAGUGACCACUAGCCUAUUGAGACAAUGAAAAAUUAAUUGUCUCAUUCAACCGAUUACAGUCUGCCAAGAGUCAUCAAAUCCUAACACUACCUGAUGAUAUUCAAUAUUGUCUGCACCUUUGAAAUUAUUUAUAAGUCUUGGACCAAAAUUGUAGAAUGCAGUAAAUACGUUUUGUGCCAUUUUAUUAAUUGUGCAUUGAGACGUAUCUCAUAGCAGUUGGUAUAUUAUCAGGUUAGUCACAGGAAGAGAUAUACUAUUGUACUGUAAAAUUGGCUAUGAAAUUUAGAAAUGACUGUAAAGCACGUUUAGAAUUUUAUGAUCGACUGAGAAAAGGCUUAUUAUACUGUAUUGAGAAUCAUUUAGUUUUAAUAUUUGAGGCACUUGUGGAUAAUCACGAAUCAUUGACAAUGUAUCCAUUGGAUUAUAUUCCAGUACUAAUAAGAAAUAGCCCUCUGUAUUAUCUGACAGUGAACUAGAUACGAUUUUAAAGACCUUUGUAAAACCUUCAUAUGUAGAUAUGCUUAAAUGAUCUAGUUUUAGCAGACACGAACGUCUUCAAGUAUUUUUGUGAACUCCCGUACCAUACCCUAAUAGCAAUUGUUUCUAUACCGCGAUACGCCGCGCAAUCGUCGUGUUGCACGGUCUGAGUAUAUCAAACAAUAAAACUAAAAUUACAUAUCAA